AACACCUCAGAUAAGAUGAUUGCUUCGAGUGUUCUAUUAGCCAUUACAUUUUUGCUCAGCGCUUUGUAUUUUUGGUGUCGCCAAACCUACCGUUAUUGGCAGCGUAAUGGUAUACCCUAUAGUAAACCUACUAUGUUCAUUGGCAACACCAAGGAAGCAUUUACCUUGAAAUCUAGCUUCGGUUUACAUUUGUCAAAUAUUUACAAUGAACCGAAAGUACGCGAUGAGCCUGUCGUUGGAAUAUACAUAUUCAAUCAACCCGGUUUGGUUGUACGCGAUCCUGAGCUAAUUAAAUCCGUUUUAAUAAAGGAUUUUCAUUUAUUCACCAAUCGUUACGGCCAGUCUGAUCCUCAUGGUGAUGUUUUGGGUAAUAAUAAUAUGUUCUUUGCCCGCAAUGCCUAUUGGAAGGAGUUGAGAACGAAAAUUUCACCGGUGUUUACGAGUGGAAAGGUGAAACAAAUGUAUCCUUUGAUGUUGGAGGUCGCCUCUCAAUUGGAAAACUACUUGUCACAGAAGGGAGAUCAUUUCACAACCGAAGUCAAGGAGAUUUGUGCCCUCUUCACCACAGAUUUAAUUUCGACAAUUGCCUUUGGCAUUAAUGCAAAUAGCAUAAAAAAUCCCGAUGGCGAAUUCCGUUCACAAUGUCGUAAAUUUUUCCUCUUCACCCUACCAAGAGCUAUCGACUUCUCUGUGGCAUUUUUCCUGCCAAAAUUUGUCUCCCUCUUACGUGUGAAAAUAUUCCCCAAAGAUUUUUCCAAAUUCUUACGUUCCACCAUUACCCAUGUUAUGACCGAACGUGAACGUACCGGCAUUCCGCGAAAUGAUUUAAUUGAUAUCCUUGUGGCGCUGAAGAAAGAGGCAGCCAAGAAUAAUCACAGUUUUAUGCAAAAUCAUGAUUAUUUAGUUGCCCAGGCCGCCGUCUUUUUGACUGCUGGCUUUGAGACAUCCUCGUCGACGAUGGCUUUUGCUCUCUUCGAAAUGUCAAAGAAACCUGAUCUGCAGGAUCGUUUGCGUCGAGAAAUCUGUAACGCGUUAUUGAGUGAAAAGAAUGGAACCUUAACUUAUGAGCAGAUUAACAGUUUGGAAUAUUUAAAUAUGGUGGUGGAAGAGACAUUACGCUUGUAUCCGGUGCUCCCAUUUUUGGAUCGACAACAUCAAAAACCAGCUGGGGUAUCCAAGGGUUUUACUCUAAAGCCAUAUUAUGAUUAUACUCUGCCCGAUGGAAUGCCAAUUUAUAUACCAAUCUAUGCUUUACAACGUGAUCCAAAGUAUUGGCCCAAUCCCAAUGAAUUUGAUCCGGAACGUUUCACAAGUGAAAAUAAAAAAUCGCAAGUGUCUAUGACCUACAUGCCCUUUGGCACUGGACCGCACAAUUGUAUUGGCAGUCGCAUUGGUUUGCUGCAAAGCAAAUUGGGUUUGGUACAUUUCUUAAAGAAUCAUCGUGUCGAGACAUGCAAUAAAACACCAACAUGUGAACAGUUUGAUCCCAAAGCCUUGGUACUGCAAUUUGAACAGGGUAUAACACUGAAUGUGGUGCGUGAUCAACUCUAUGAGAAUGCCAGAAAACAAAAUUAAGUUAAAUUAUUAAAAUUGUUAUGGAAAAAUAAAAAAACAGAAAAUAAAUGUGUAUUUAUAAUAUCUUACUAUUAAGUUCUUGUUGUAAUCUUAUUGGGAAAU